AUGUUCGACGUUGCGACCAACUGCUCGGACAUUCCGGAUCAUGUGCAGACUGAUGCGGGAGUCGCGGGUGCAGGCACCUUGCUCUCGUUCAUAAUCACCAACUUCAUCUCCUUGUUCCUCAGCGCUAUCAUCAUUCUCUUAGGUCUGCGCAAGUCAACGUCAGCGCCAGUAUGCCGCAAGCUACUACAGUCAUUCUCGGAUCAGCAGAUCGUCACCGGUAUUGGCAUCCAGUCGAUCGGUCUCGCAAAGAUGCGGUACAUGGUACCCUACCACUUCUUCAUCAUCUGGCUCCUAUCGCUUCUCUCCACUGCAACGAACCUCGCAACGCUCCUCGCCCUUGUGAACGACUUCAAGCGUGACUGGGUGCUGCGAUGGCUUAGACAGUUCUUCAUGCUCGUCAACUUGUUCCUCGGCAUUCUGUCCGGAAUCUUCAUCCUCCAAUCUGUUAUGAAGAACUUGGAGCCUCGACUUCCGAUCGCCUGCGUCUGGGAAGUGGGGAGUCGUGGCCACUCGUCCAAUGCUGCGCUUAGUAUCGCCGGAACCAUCGCCAUCAUUGCUGCCCAGGUUAUCGUCUUUAUCUUGUCGACCUGGUACUUGCACAACCGCGCCAACCCUGCAUGGCUCAAGUCCGUUCAAGUCGUAGGUCUGGUCGCGCUCCUGGUCAUGGGUGUCGGUGCCACGGUCCGUGUAAUCAUGGAGUCGCAGGCGUUUGGCAGCCCGCCGAAAGCGCUGAAUCUUCAGGGUCCAAGCGAGAAAUCUUGGAGCUAUGGACAGCUCCUUCCCCUCUUGCUACUGGUGAUGCCAAUCAUCAGUACUAUUGAGGUCGUCAGAGGUGAGACCAGAAUGCCACCGAGCAGGGUUGACGAUGAUACUGCACCGCUGUUUGCGAACAACGAUAUGGAGUUCCAGCCGAAUCCAUUGAUUGGCAGCUCUAACAGUCUAUUCCGAAAGUAA